AUGAGGAAACAAUCUCGCAGCCGUUACCUUCUUGCAAUUGAAGAUCGUAAUCGGCUGCGAAAAUUGGCGGCUCGAAAGAUAAAGCUUGCAGCCAACGCAGUUUCUGCUUUGACACUUCGACGAUGGGAAGAAAAGAUUGAUCGGAAAUUCGAAAAGAAAUUCGAAGAGCAGAGGGUAAAGGUUCAACAGUUAAAGAAAGAUAAUGCAUUUUUACGAGCAAAUCAACGGAUAUUUAAGCAAGGCUGUUCUGUACUAGAAAGUUGUGCUGUGGUGCUACAGGUGAAACUCGAAGAAGAUAUGGAUGCUGCACACCUCUCCUUCCCUUCGCCACAUGACUUUUACGUCCCGCACAUCUGA